CCAGUUUCUGCACUCUGCAAAUCCCUGACCAAUCUGAUCAAGGUGUCUGGGGAGUUGGUUGGGGGGAACCAGAAUCAAGGAAGGUUCAGAGAUUCCCGUCGUAGCCCCCGCUUAUGCGGUUACCAAGGCAACUGGGCGGCACCAGCGCGAGCGGGAAGGCGGAGUACGUCGAAUUUUUGUAGGCUAGCCUGGGAGACUUGAGGAGUGGCCCUCCCUGAGCUUCCAGUCCCAGAGACCACGGCCUCUGCUCCAGGCGGUAACCCUUACCCUGGGGGCCAUGGGUCGGAUCUCGGGACUCGUGCCCUCUCGCUUUCUGACGCUCCUGGCGCAUUUGGUGGUCGUCAUCACCUUAUUUUGGUCGCGGGACAGCAACAUCCAGGCCUGCCUGCCUCUCAAGUUCACCCCCGAGGAGUAUGAAAAGCAAGACAUGCAGCUGGUGGCAGCGCUCUCUGUCACCCUGGCCCUCUUUGCAGUGGAGCUGGCCGGUUUCUUCUCAGGAGUGUCCAUGUUCAACAGCACCCAGAGCCUCAUCUCCAUUGGGGCUCACUGUAGUGCAUCUGUGGCCCUAUCCUUCUUCAUAUUUGAGCGUUGGGAGUGCACCACGUACUGGUACAUUUUUGUCUUCUGCAGGCUCCGGCCGCGCAGGUUCACCGGCCAUGGCAUACGGGCCCAGCCGCUCCGCGGCAUGCGGGAUCUUCCCGGACCGGGGCACGAACUCUCGUUCCCAGCAUCGACAGGCGGACUCUCAACCACUGCGCUACCGGAGAGCCCCCAGAUCGUUUUAAACAAGCAAAAAGGCAUGCAAGGAGGUGUUUCCUGGUGAUGCCCUGCAGGUUAUUCCUAUACGUAUAUAAACCUUUCCUAGCUGUUUUCUGGCAGAGCUUCUUUAUGGAUACUCAUUGUAUGCUGUAGUAGGCACUGACGGAGUAGAUGUUUGAUUCUCGGCCAUCACGGAUAUUGCGGCUCAUGGAAAGAGAGAGAAGUAUCUGGUACUCCCAGAGUAGUUUAGUUCUAAAUUGUGAUAAAAGCUGCAGAGGCGAUUUACAGGUGCUACGAAGGAGUAAUGAAAUUGCCCAAGGUGGCAGGAGUGCGGAGCUGUUUGAGUGAGGUCCUCGAGUGUGGCUGGAGCAGAGAAGAAAGGGGGCAGGUUGUCCGCGAGGAAAAAAGGUGGACCUUUGCAACGUCACGGGUUCGAGCCCUGGCUCAGGAGGAUCCCACAUGCCGCGGAGCAACUACGCCCGUGCGCCAUAACUACUGAGCCUGAGCGCUGGAGCCUGCAAGCCACAACUCUUGAAGCCUACACGCAUUAGAGCCUAUGCUCCGCAACAAGGGAAGCCAUGAAGCCACGACAAUGAGAAGCCCACGCACCACCACGAAGACCCAACGCAGCCAAAAAUAAGUUAAUUUAAAAAGAAUCUUGAAGUGUCACGUCUGUAGGCUGUUACACUGUGAAUAGCACAGAAAGUUGAGGAUACAUUCCAGGGUUUGAAAACUGUUGUCAGUUUCAGCAAAGAAAUCACUCAAGUCAUUGAGGAAUCUGUGAGGUUUCAGCAUAUCGUGUGUCUCAUUUUUGUCUUACUCAAAAAUAUAAAUGAAAAACAUCAACCAACGUUCACGUUGGAACUGCACUUGUACUUAGGAUAUAACUCCAUUUAUGAAAUCAUGGAUACAGAGUAGCAUUUACAA